AUGGAUUUUCUCCAGAUCGUGGCCUCGUGGCCAACGCCCAACUACGACCACCCGGUCAGUCGCGGUGAUGGCAUGGUCAUCGCGAGCGCUGUCUUUGGUGCUGUCGGAACAAUCGCAACCGCAUUGCGCCUCUACACAAGAGGUUGGAUCACUCGGACGCUGGGCGCGGACGAUGUUCUCAUCUUCUUUGCCUGGGUUUGGUCGGUAGCAAUGUACAUCUGCCUGUCAAUCGCAUCGCGGUCGUAUGGCUUCAACAUCCACAUCUGGGAUCUUCCCUUUGACAAAAUGCCAACGGCCAACAUAUACAGCCUGAUCUUUCAAGUCACCUUUGCGUUAGCAUCAUCCCUAACAAAGCUAUCGCUGCUCUGGUUUUGUCGACGCAUCAUCGGCGACGGCCGCAAAAUCAGCUGGGGCUUCCACGACACUGCCAUUGUGUUUGUCAUGAGCCUUAUCGUCGUAUUUGCGUCGAUAUAUAUCAUCCUGUUGCUUGUGCAAUGCCGCCCGCUCAAAGCCCUAUUUGACAUCCUACCCAAGUAUCCUCACACGUGCAGCAUCAACAGCCACGAGCUCACAUACGCCGCCAGCAUCGCCAACACCAUCACCGACCUACUAACAACGAUGAUUCCGGUAACCUUGGUGGGCACAUUGCAUCUACCCUACCGACAGCGCAUUGCCAUCAUGACCAUCUUCUUGCUCGGCGUGUUCGUGAACGUUGCCGGCGCACUCCGCACUUAUUACGUUCAUCGGAGCAUGGUGGUCACUAAUUUGGAUCGCUCAUGGACUGGAUGGCCGACAUGUAUUUCGGCAAUUGUCGAGAUCGGUCUCGGAUUGAUCGUCACCUCAGUCCCUGCUUUGCGCCCCUUUCUCAACCGCUUCAUUCCCUCAUUUCUCGAAUCCACUCGCCGAAAAUACUUCUUCAACAACAAAUACCUCACGCCUAACACGUCGGAGCGAAGCCGAAGCCGGAAAAGCAGUAGCGGACGUCGUUCGCGCAGCAUAUUCCACCUGUCGACGAUCGACAAAUCAUGGAACAAGUCAUGGCACAAGGAUACCAAUUUCACCAGCAACAUAACGUCGAACGACAUUGAGUUGCUCGAGCCAGAGCCCGUCUACGCUGGUAGUAGAGGGAUCAACGUGACCAAGACGGUGCGGCAGGAUUCGACUCAUCGCACCUCGUGGCCGAAAAGCCCGUUUUCUAGUCGCAGCCAACUUGGUAGAGAGGGUGUCGGGCUCAAGAAGAGUUCGGAUAGACUGAAUGUGGUGGACGACGAGGAAAAGUUGACGAGGUUCUAUGAGAGCGAUGCUUCGGGCAAUGGUCGAUAA